AUGCAUAAAAUAACAUUGAAAUUUUUAGACCAGUCAAUAGAAUAGAAAUAUUAAAUAGAACAUUAAUGUCCUAAAAGAAAAACUCACUUAAAACUAUUCUUAUUAUUUUUUAUAGUGUUUUAAAUCAUUAAGCUUAUUAUUGCUUUGAUAAUUAAGAAUUAUUCUGCAGUUUAUCCAACACUUGGAAUGAUGGGAUGUACAGCUUUUUCAAAAUGCUUUAAUUUAAAUAAAGAAUAUCAUUAAAGAACUUUAAUGAUAUUCAUUAAUAUUUGCUUUUCAAUUUAUGUUCUAUUUUUUGAUCCUCAUUUAGAUACUCCAACUAUGUAUUUUAGAGGUGCACAUUAAAUGGCCAUCAAUAUUAUUAAUAUAUUAGGAACUGAAUUUAUAGAUUCAACCGUUACUAUUAUUAUGUUGUAUUUACUAAGAAUUUUUCAUAUUGUUUAAAAUACUUCCAAUCUUGAUAUUACUACUAUUAUAAUGGGAUUAGGUGCUAAUCUUGCCAUGGUUAUAAUGGUCUAUUUAUAUCAUAAAGCUAUUCGAUCAUAAUUUCUAUUAACUAAAAUUGAUUAAAGAUGGGAAAAUAUUUUAAAAUAAAUUCUUCAUAAUUAAUAAUUUAUCCUAAUAAAUUAUCAUAUGGAAAAAUUGUAAUUCUAAAGUAUAUCUUCAACAUUUUCAUAAACUAUCCAAUCAUAAGCAGAAGUUCUUAAUUUUAUAAGAAAAGCUAAAGUUGAAAAUGAUUCUUUAGAAAAAUUUUUAUUUCACAAAUUACAAGAUUUCUCAUCAAAUUUUUUAGAAAUCAUAAACCAUUCAUUAAAUGUUAAAUUUGAUAAAUAAUUAAUUUAGAUUAAUUAUUCUAUCUUUUUUGGAAAUUAACCUACUAUCUUAAUAUAAACCAGUUCAUCAAAAUUAUUUUCAGAAAAUUCAGAAAUUUAGAAAGCUUGUCAUUUAUAUCUUAAAUUAAUGACUGUUUUUAUUAAGAUUAUUAAAGAAAAUAAGCCAUUUAAUAAAAUAUAAUUCCAUAAUUUAGCUAAUAAGAUUUAAUUUCAAAAUUUAAUGAUAUCAAUAUGGAAUAAAUAAAUUUAAUCAAAAACUGUAAGUUUGAAGAGAUCCAUAUUGAAAAUAUAAACUUUUUGUAAUCCUUCAACAAAAAUUUAAUUUAUUGGUUCAGAUUAAUUAAUAAAAACUAUUCCAAAAAUAUUUUAUUUAUUAUUAGCUUCCAUAGUUAAUUGUACUAUUAAUUAAUAAAUGAUAGUGAAACAUGAGAUUUUGCAAACUUAAUCAAAUAGAAUUAUAUUUUAAGGAAAAUUCAAUAUACAGAAACUUAAUUAUUCAACCACUAAAAUUAAAUAUUACUUGCUUCUCAUUUGCAAAGAAAUCUAUGCAGAUUAAUUUUGUAUAAAUUUUUGUUAAUAAUAUUUUUAAGGUAUCAAUUUAGAACUAAAUGAUGAAAUUCUUUAGCCAUUUUAUGAUCGAAUAAUACCCAAAAAUUAAAUAGGGUAUCUAAAGAAAAAGUUAACUCAAUGA